AUGGCGUUUUCUUCGACUCACAACAAAAUCCUUGGAUCUGUGAAGUGGGUUCCGAUAAAAGUUAAUACCGUGUUCGGCCACGAGACGCACCUUGCAAAGUCCGUGUUCAGCGAGAAUUCGUAUCUCGAACUCAAAAUUUUUCUCGAUGUCGAGCGUCUACCAGAAUACAUUCAAUAUUUAUCAGAAUUCUUACGAGAACGUCUGGACAUUGAGCAUAAAGCCAUUAGACUGGAUGACAUCUUAUUACUGGAGUCUAAGAGGAGCGUAGGACCGGUGGAUUUGGUUUGGAGUUUUUCGUGCAAGUUAAUUCCCAGUUCAUUGCCGAACACAGUAUCACCUCGGUGUGAUUCAAAUGAGUUCAUCGACGGGGCGACGGCUUUGUAUACUCAUUUCAUUCUACCGCAGUUACUACUCUCAUCUGCUUACAACCAACAAGUUGAUGUGCUACAUGAUUACAUAAAAUCGAAAGAGGAACAGUUCAAUGAGACUGUUCGCCUCAUGUCCUUGAUGCGAAUGGAAUCUAAUAAGAGGAAUGAUGAUAAUUCCACAUCGUUCACCUCCGAAGACUCUUAUCAAGAAAUUGAGCGAAUCAUUACCAGUUCUGACCCUUUGGAGACUGACAUACCUUUAGAUUUACAUAAAAACCAAAUAUACUCAAGAUUAUUUCAAAAAGCGACGGAACAGGUUAUUCCCCCAAAUCUUGUAAACCUACCUAUAACGUCUGAAACUUUAUCUUGUUCCUCGUCGGUGCCAUCGAUCUUUGACUUUGAACAAUCAUCGCGGAUCUCACAAUGUUCCACAAUAAAACUACCCAGCCUUCCUUCUCAGAUAUCUGAGAUAUUUAACUCUCAGUUAUCGGCUUAUGAGGGUUCCACAUUCGAGAUUCCUUCACCCGUUCAUGAUGCAUCACAUUCAAAUGUAGUUAAUUCGGAUGAGAGUCAGGUAGAGAGGGAAAGGAUCCAGUUGGAAGAGAAGCUAAAGGCCGAGGCAGAUGCUCGUGAGCGUAAGAUAAGAACAGAGUUAAAAGAGAUGGACCGAAGAAACGCGACCAAAAUUAUUAAAAAGCGUAAGAAGAUCACUUAUCCACUUCGAACUUUUAAAAGAAAAUCAUUUUCAACCAGAACUCAAAAAGAAAUAUCACAUGUUUCCGCAAUAACACCCACUCAACCGGAUUCGAACCUAAAUGGGACGGAGCAAGCAACAUACCUCAAACGCAUGCAAGAAUUUCUCUCUGCGAAUGACCUUUCUUCUGUCACAAAAGAAUUUAUCGAGCUCAAGAACAAUAAUGUCGCCCCGAACUUGGAGAUUUACCACAUUCUUCUCAAAGCUUGUCAUCUGACAGCUGAUUUGCCUAGUGCAAUCGAAAUAAUUAAGCAAAUGCACAACGCUUCCAAGGAAACAUCUUUGCCAAUCAAAGAGACUUACAAACUCCUUUUGAACGUGGUGGCUGCCUCCUCGGAUCAUACGUUAGCAAUUAGCAUUGUCAAAUCGAUAGCAAAUGGUCAAAUUCCCCUUGUGCAUCAAAGAUCAAUUUUACGAGAAAACUCGGAUCCCUUAGAAUUUGAGGUCGAUUUGGAGAUGUGGAAACUGAUGUUAAGUGCCAUAACUACACCACACAAGUUAUAUGGCACCCGAAACAUGGAGUAUUUUGAGGAGGUAAAGAAUUUAGGUGAAAUGUUUUUGGAACUUCACAAAAGACCUUUUGACAAAGAAACUUGGAGAUUACUUAUUCGGUCGCUAGGCUCAUAUCCUAAAAAAAGUGAAAAUUUUGAUUUAGCGUUGAAAAGCCUACAAGAACAUUCAAUCACGCCGGAACUAUAUUCAGAAAUAAUAUGGGCACUAUCCCGGAAAUCAAAGGUGGAGGAAGCGAUGAUAUAUCUGGACCAAUUGAUUUCCGAUUUCGGCUACAUCCCUUCUCGUGAGCCUCUCUAUGCACUGACUUCUUACUAUGCAGAUUUGGGUGAAUAUCAAGAGACUGAUUACUUAAUAAAAAACUAUGCUAAAUUAAUCAAAAGCGAGGGACAACAGCCAGGCAAGCAGGAAAACUGGGAGAUCAAUUUCAUGACGGUCUUAAUGCAAGCAUAUGUCCAAGCCCUUCGUAAAAAAACUUCUCCUCAAGAACCAAACGCAAAUUACCGGAACGUGAUACCGAUAGUAAUGCGAGAAGAGAGCGUGGAUUAUUUUUCAAAAAAAUACUUCACAAAGAGCCCAUUUUACUUGUCAUGGAAGAACCUGAUGGAAAGCGUAAAGAAACCGGAUUCAACAUUUUGUCGAGAUCACUACGAUUUGAUCAUUAGGUUUAACGUUCUUGCCAAUCGAAUCGAUAGCACCGAAUUUCCCCUCGAGAACUGUUUGCAGAUGAUAAGAUCCAUGAGAGGUAAUGGGAUGGAUCCAAGUUUUGAAACUUAUAAAUUUUUACUGGAAGGAUACUCGAGAUCAGAGUUCGACGGUACCUCGGUUCAACGGGUUGAAAAGGCUUUGGAGAUUUUCGAAAUGAUCCGAUUAGCUGGCUACGAUGUAGAUAACUUGCAAGUUUUUCAACCCCUUUUGGACUCCUGUUUGCCAAACGUUAAAUUUGAGACCGAUAGGCAAACCGAACGCGAUCACAGGAUUAGAAAAAAAGAUAAGGGCGUCGAGAACAUUUCAUUACUUCACGAACCUUCCGUUCCGAAAAUCUUUGAAAUUGAGAAAUUAAUGAAAAACCUCAAGGUAAUACACAAUCAAAAAUCCAUUAUGACAAUACUCGAAUAUCUCGGAGGAACUGGAAAUUAUACAAACAUGUGGCGAAGGUGGACAGAGAUAUCAUUAAUGGGUUAUCGGAGGGGUGAGCUUUUAUAUGAAACCAUACUAAGGUUGGCGUCCAGAGAUUUCACUGAAUCGGAGUAUGCUAUAAAUGUAGUCAGGCAUCAAAUGGUAAGAGAAACACCGCCCGUCGAACCAACUUUCGGAAUCUAUUUUCAAUUAUUUGAAUGUUGCUUAAAAUGCAACGAUAUAUUGACAAUUAGAGAAUUGAUUGAAGAAAUCAAAAAUAUUCAAUUCGGAAAAACGAAUGUGGAACAUUGGAAGAGCAACGAAGACGACGGUUCGGACGGCGGAGGUGGUGCCGGAUUUUUUGGAGUGAACUCCUUGAGGAUUUCAAAAGAAGACCAAUUAAAAUUGCAAGCGUUAGUAUUGAAUACUUGUUUCAAAUUUCCCGUCCUACAUAAAGAUGGUGAAGAAUUGGCACGGAAUGUUUUGGAACAUCGAAAAGAUUUGAUUGACUUUGAAUUUUGGAGGUUGCUUUUGGGUUAUUAUACAGAGCAAAAUAGUUCUAAAGUCCAAGAGACAUUUGAAACGUUUGUGGAUUGGAGAAAUUAUCGUUGCGGAUUUAAAAAGUUGGAUAUGGUCGAAAAAGAACAUGAAGAAAAUGCCGAUACCGUUGUAGAUUACCAUCUUGGUGUUACGCCUCAAUCAGAGUGGGAUGGCAAGGACAACACAUCAGGAACUUUGAAUCCCUCCACCGUUGACUUUUCCAAAAUUCGAAACAUCAGGCUUCCGAUUCCACCCUUUACCUUGAAAGACAUUGGGAUCAUUAAUAUUUAUGGCAAAAAUUUAAUUAGGGCAGGAAAUUUUAGUUUGACAAAGGAAAUUCUGACAGACAUUGUUUCCAAUUUUGAAAUAUCACCAAAAUCUACAAAAUCGCAAGUUUCGUUGGGUCAAACCACGACCACUUCCUUAAUCACCAAGAUAGACAGCAAGAUAAUUGACAUGAACAUUUUAAAAGAAUUCGCGUAUUUGACUUUUAAACAAAACAAACUCGAUGAAUUACGAUGGCUAGAGAAAAGCAUUUUGAAUAAAAUUGAUUUUUCAUCAAAGUCCCUUACUUCCACAUCAGAUAGCUUAUCCCUGUCGACUGCUUACUCUUCCUUCCUGUCAAAUGAUCAAAGGGAGUUCGCCAAAAAAAAAGAUUUCGAAAUAUUAUCAAGGUGGAUAUCAAAAUGUUUGAAGGCUUCACCUUCUUCAUCGCACCCGAUAUCCCCUUCGAGACGUAAUAGAGGGAUGAUCAACGAUAAGUCACCUGCCGCCGAACAUCCAGCAUCGUACACAUCAUAUGUUGAUCUAUUACCUUCGGAAGGAUCUACUUCUACUGAUGCGAUGCUCAAAAGUCUAAAUUAUCUCGCAACAAAACCAAAGAAUGUGGAGGACAAUGAAGGAGGGAGAGGUACUAAAGUCAAAAAUUAG